AGUGGUAAAUGGAAGGCGGCUUUCUCUUACUAUUGAACCUCUAUCUGCUUUGGAAAUUGAUUGCGCAACAACUAUUGUGCUUGGAAAUGUCGUAUUUUGGAAAGAUCGACUAUCUCACAAGCAAGUGGCUUAUGACCCUGCACAUGGAUCCCUUGAAUUGUUGCCUCCGCUUGGCGGGGGUUCAAGGGCUUUGGCUCUUCGGUUAUCGGACCAUUACACUAACUGUGAACGGGGAUAUUCCAUUCUAGGCAUGUGGCUCUUUGGUCUCCCAGAUUGGGUCGAUGCCACGGAAAAUGUCUCGUCUAUACUAUACACGACAGACAAUAUUUGGAGAUAUAUAUGGGAUUUUAAUGACCAUAAAAGAGGUGAUUGGAUGUUGAAGAGUUGCGAUAGUUUUAGGAAAAUUUGGCAAGAGAAUCGCGAUGCGGAGACACACCUAAUUGAGGUUGAAGGUUCCACCCAUGGGAUAGUCAUUUGGUUCUGCUAACCUGUUACGAUCAUCUUUACUUGUAUGAUGUUAAAAGAUGCAAACUGCAGAAACUUGGUGGCUUUCAAAAUUAGGGCUUGCUAUCAAUGCAAUCUUUUCAAAAACGAGUGGCCUUGCUAGAGGCAAAGAAGUGCGCAAGAGUUUAAGAUUGUCCUCAGUUGAAAGAGUUUACCAGCUUCUUUUUUUUCAACUUAGUUUACUAUUUGGCGUGGAACUACUUGUUCCAUCUUUUGAACACACAGAUUUUAUGCAGUUUUUUAACCAUUAUGAAUUGGAGUUUAGCCUUAUCGAGCUGUUCUUAUCUACUACUCCUCGCAGUGAGAAGAAACAGACAUACGGUGAUAUGCUUCAGAUGUAUGUAUUUAGCUUGAUGGACUUUUUUGGAGGAAAGCCCAGAAAUUGAAUAACUGCAGCGCAUGACCAUAUUCUUGGAGCAUGUCUAUGUCACAUUACAGAUGAGUAUGGAUCUUUUUUUUUUUGCUUUUAAUUCACAUGAUUCUUGCUUUGGUUGGUAGAGCUUAAGAGACUUUUGUGGAGGAAAGCCAGGAAAAUUGGUUGGUUGCUUUCACAUCAGGAGCUGCAUGUUUCCAGAAAAGGUAAAAGUACAGAAGAUUGAUAAAUUCUCAACUUCCGCGGAAAUGGGAUGGACGGCUGGGCUGCAGGCAGCUGGUGCACAAUCCAUGGAUGCAUUAAAGAGAGUUGGUGUUCACAUGCUGCGUUUAUUUGAUCGUUUCUUCAACUUUCUGUAGUUAGUAUAUUAUCACUCUUGUACCAGGUUUAAUUGGUUUUGGUUGCAUUUAUCAGACAAUUCCCGUCAGGGUUGAGUUUUUAAUAGCAAUAUUCCUCGAAAAGCAAACCGACCACUUUCAAGCCCACAAUUUUGGAUGUCGGUUGGCAUUUAGUUACUUAGAUCCAGCAUCGUGGGAGAUGUUACCAAGUCGUAUGUGAAAAUCCAUGAAUUAUUGAGUCCAAAUGAGCUGUCGUGGUUCACUUCUCUUCCAAUAAGUCCUCAACAAAUCACUACCCAAAUUUUCAUUUCUGAAUCCUAAUCCCCAGAUUGAUUAAUCAGGUAUCUCGUGUGCGCAUAAAUUCCAAGAAGAAGCGAUUCAAAUGUCAAAAAAAGUGUACCAGUGUCGGUCCCCUUCACUCUGCUAAACUGUUCUGAUCUAGAAUUGUCAAACUACUAAUCUCAACAGUAUCGCUGCACUUGAAACAUCUAUAAUUCUAUCAUCAAAGUUCAACUAAUCACGCAAGCUCCAGUGUUCCCUGUUUCAGUGCAAUAGUGACAAUUCAGAUGUGAAUAUGACCAGGUCGAAACCAGUCUUUGGAUGAUACGGUAUUCUUCCAGAUUAUUUCUUAUAGCCCUUACUAAGAGAUUUUUACCCAGCGUCAGCAAGAUUCUUUAGAACUCUUUUCUCUUGAUUAUUUAUCAUUGAUCAAGAACAAGCCCACAAGGACUAGCUAAAUGGCAAAUGCCAACUUCUCAGCAUUGUAUAUCACAAUAUGUGUACUCGCUUUUGUUGCUUCAAAGCUAAUUAUAGCAACUCUUUGCUACCGUCGCUGGAAGAGAAAACAAAUGCUUGUUCAAGACAGUUUUUCAGGUGGGAAACUUGUCUUGUUCAAAUCACCGAAGAUGAAAGCUCUAAAGACUAAUAUGUUCUUGAACAAGACCAUGAAAUUGAGCAACAAGGACAUUAUUGGAUCAGGAGGUUAUGGGACGGUUUACAAACUGACCAUAAAUGAUUCUGUAUCUUUUGCAGUAAAAAGACUCAACAGGAUAAGUGCAGAACAAGAUCGAGGCUUCGAGAGAGAAUUAGAGGCAAUGGCGGACAUUAAGCAUCGGAAUAUAGUUACUCUUCACGGAUAUUAUACUGCUCCUAACUAUAAUCUUCUCAUCUACGAGCUCAUGCCUAAUGGAAGUCUGGAUGAACUGCUAUAUGGAAAAUCUUCGAACGAGAGGGUUCUGGACUGGACUUCAAGGUACAAAAUAGCAGUAGGGGCUGCAAGAGGGCUGGCAUACCUUCAUCAUGAUUGUAUACCGCACAUUAUACAUAGAGAUAUCAAAACAAGCAAUAUAUUGCUGGAUCAGAAUUUGGAGGCUCGAGUAUCUGAUUUUGGAUUAGCCAAAUUGAUGGAACCUGAUAAGACUCAUGUUUCAACACUAGUUGCUGGAACAUUUGGAUAUCUGGCUCCUGAAUAUUAUGACACAGGAAGAGCAACCAUAAAGGGAGAUGUCUAUAGCUUCGGUGUAGUUCUACUGGAACUUCUUACAGGGAAAAAGCCAAAUGAUGAAACAUUCAUCGAGGAGGGAACGAAGCUUGUAACCUGGGUAAAGGCAGUUGUUGAAGAGAAGAGGGAGGGAAAUGUAAUUGACAGAAGGUUAGAAGAUUAUCAUGUUGAAGAGAUCAACCAGGUAUUCAGUAUUGCAAUGAUGUGCCUCGAACCAGAGCCAUCCAAGAGACCUACCACGUCAGAAAUUGUCAAGAUGCUAGAGCAAGUAAAGUCAUACCAAUUCGUACCAGAUUUGCAAGAAAUGCCAAUUGCCUAACUUUCCAAAGGAUGGAGGGUUCUUAUUUCUGGUUAUUAGAUUAGUGGAGCAAUGCUCUUUCCAAAGUGUUCAUAGUGUACAAAACAAGAUUUAGAGCAGUUCAUUCAUGUAGAAAGCUAUGAUGAGCAUUGAGUGUCAGGAAUGAAAACAACUGAGCAGAAAAUCUCUCUUGUUUUCUUUACUUCA